AUCUUCGUAGAACUAACGGAAAGUACUUUUGCAACUCAUCAAUAGGUGGUGCCAAAUUUUUUCGAAGGAAGCUGCCUCUACACGUCAAGAUGGCUGCACAGUUUAUGAGGAGAGUUGUACAAAAUGGUGCUCCAUUGGCUCGUUUUUAUAGCAGCGAAGUACGGAAAGUAACGAUCAUUCCUGGUGAUGGUAUUGGACCAGAAAUUUCUGCUGCUGUUCAGAAAAUCUUUGCUGCUGCUAAUGUGCCUAUUGAAUGGGAGUCGGUGGAUGUAACUCCUGUACGAGGUCCUGAUGGCAGGUUUGGAAUCCCUCAGGCUGCAAUUGAUUCAGUAAACAAAAACAAAGUUGGAUUGAAGGGUCCUCUUAUGACUCCAGUUGGUAAAGGCCAUCGUUCAUUGAAUUUGGCAUUAAGAAAAGAAUUCAAUCUGUAUGCAAAUGUGCGACCCUGUCGAUCAUUGGAAGGGUAUGAGACUCUUUAUGACAAUGUAGAUGUUGUGACUAUCCGUGAGAACACUGAGGGUGAAUACUCUGGUAUCGAACAUGAAAUUGUGGAUGGAGUGGUGCAGAGUAUAAAGCUUAUCACUGAAGAGGCAUCUAGAAGAGUGGCAGAGUUUGCAUUCAGGUACACAAAGGAGAAUGGCCGCCACAAAGUUACAGCUGUCCAUAAAGCCAAUAUCAUGAGAAUGUCUGAUGGCCUAUUUCUUCAUUGUUGCCGUGAAGCGGCUGAGAAGUUUCCAGAUGUGAAAUUUGAAGAGAAAUAUUUGGACACAGUGUGUCUGAAUAUGGUACAGGAUCCCACACAGUAUGAUGUACUAGUCAUGCCAAAUCUGUACGGAGACAUUUUGUCAGAUAUGUGUGCUGGUCUAGUUGGUGGACUAGGCUUAACACCAAGUGGCAAUAUUGGUCUCAAUGGAGCUCUAUUUGAAUCAGUUCAUGGCACAGCUCCUGAUAUAGCUGGCGAAGAUAAAGCUAACCCAACUGCACUCCUUUUAUCUGGUGUUAUGAUGCUGAGGUAUAUGGAUCUAAAUGAGCAUGCAGAGCGAAUUCAGCAAGCUUGUUUUAACACCAUCAAAGAACCAAAGUAUCGUACAGGGGAUCUAGGAGGAUCUGCAAAAUGCUCCGAGUUCACAGAUGAAAUAUGCCGUAAAGUGCAGAGUGGUUAGACUGCUGUUUAUGCAGCAAUUAGAUGACAUGCAGUGCUUGAAAUUUUGGUAUGGCUAUGUGGAGGAGAUGAAAUUGUUGAAAAGAGAAACAGGAUGAAUAUCUCUUAAGUUAUUAAUUUCUCAGCAUAUUUUAGACCACAAUGCUGAGAGCAUGACUAGAUAGUGUACAAGUAAACUGGCUGUAUAAAGAAAUUGAAGUUCAUUGUAGUAUAUGAUUAUCUGGUUAUUUUAAUGCAUAGCAGUAUUACACAUUCAUACAGCACUGGAAAAAUGUUAAUAAUUCAUUAUAUUUAGUUGCUUAGGUUCUCAACAGACAAUAUAUCUCAAUUGAAUGCAACCUUUUGGCAGGUACAAUUAUACUAGGAUGCGUAUGAAUCUCAGGCAGUAGAAAGUGGCAUCGUUUUCUUUUUUACGGUGCUGCACAUUGGAUUUGGACUCUUGUUUGACUCAUUAAUUUGAUGCAUAAGGCAGAAGUAAAACCAUUGGUUUCUCUCUUCCCCUUCCACAUGCCAUAGUAGAGUACUGUGAAAUGUAGUAUAAACUUAAAUGUAAAUAGUUGUUGAAUCAAAUUACCAUGUCUGUCACAGUAAAAUAUUUUGAUUAGUGAUAUUACAUGGUGCUAGUGCUGUCCGUUGGGAGCUUGUUUUUUCCCGAUUAUGAGUGGCACAGCAGUGAAUAGUAUUUAUUGUUAAGAUGGCUCAUUAUGGCUACCAGCUGUUGUACUGCGGUAUCUAUAGUAAACUGAGAUUACAUAUAAUUUGGUAUUGUUUAUGUACAUAAGGUAGUUUCCUAUAAAAAUUGUUUCAACCAAUGAUAGUGACAUAUAAAUAUGUAAUAAGAGACUGGUUCCAUGAUUUUAGUGAAAAUCAAAUUUGUGUCUGAAAAUGCAUGGAAAUAACAAUUUUACCAUGUUUUAAAAUCGUGUUUUGUGUAACUAUCUCGUGUUGUCUUUGUAUUGAAAACCUAGUCACAUAAUUUCUUUGUUGAAAAUAAGCUGUACCCACAAUUUGUUCUUUUGCUAACAAAAUGUUGACUGUAUUUAAUUUAUUGUUAACAGAUAACAUAAUUGACUUGGAAAUAAAUUGCUUUACACACUGUGA